CAGCAGUUGGUGCUGGUAGAACGUCAGUGAAAGGUGAAACGAAAAAUGGAGGAUGACAGUGGGAUUGCUACGGUGUACAAUAAAGACUGCUCUCAGAAGCAAAAGAAACGGUGCAAAAAGGCCAUUUUGGGUGAGCAGUUUGAAGACUUCACCAAAAACACGUCUCUGCAUGGCCUCAGAUUCAUCACAGAGAGAGAAGCCACGAUGGUUGAGAAAAUGUUUUGGCUGAUUUUGUUUUUGGCGAGUAUGGGGGUCUGUUUGUACCAGAUACGCAACGUGUGGAUUAAAUGGGACACCAGCCCGGUUAUAGUAUCUAUCAAUGAACGGCUAGUUCGAGUGUCUGAGGUGCCGUUUCCUUCGAUUACGAUAUGCCCACAACGGAAGAUUUCAAAAUACCACAACUACGCAAAACAGAAGCAAACAAUUUACGAAAAUGUGUCGCAAAUUUCAGACUACAACCGAAAACAAUUUGAAGACAUCUCACUCAUUUGCAAUGAAGACACUACUUUCGAAGACAUGUCUACAACGUGGUUAGAUCGAAACUAUUCGGACAGGGACUUGCUGAGACACAUCGAUGGGGCAAUGAAUACGCAUCGCCUGAUGCUGAAUUUCAUGUCGGAGUGCAAAUGGCGCCAUGAAAUAUUACAGUGUUCCGAUAUUUUGAACGGAGUGUACACACAAGAAGGCUUGUGUUUCAACUUUAACGGAUUAGCCGCGGAUGAUUUAUUUCGAACGAAGCAGAUACAUAAGAAUUACAGUUAUAUUCAAAGAAGGAAACCUCUAAAGAAAUGGAGCCUGGAGGGCGGAUACGAGGACGAAUCCUUUAGUACAUAUCCUAGGCGGGGACGGCAAAACGGAGCCGAGCCAGAUCUAGUCAUUCUAUUCAUCGAGGAUAGAAGUCAACUAGACGAGGAAUGUAAUUCAGUCUACUCAGGACAAAAGGUAUACGUGCAGCACCCCGCGGAUAUGCCGCAGUCAUCUCUCUACUACUACGCCAUGCCCCCGGACCAAACUUCCUCUUUUGCUCUCAAAUACAGUCUUGUGGCAACGUCAGAUGAGGUCAAAGACUAUACCCCCGAAAUACGGCACUGCUACUUCCCCGGGGAGCGGUAUCUUCGCUAUUUCAAAGUAUACACGGAGAACAACUGUAGGCUCGAGUGUUUGUCUAACUACACAUACAACAUGUGCGGCUGCGUGGGUUUCUAUAUGCCUCAUAACACCAGUAAUAGGAUCUGCACCAUACAAAGCAAACCUUGUAUGGAAUCAGUAAUAGAAAAAAUUGCGGAAACAGAGACGGCGGAUAUCAGCGCGAGAAUGUGUAACUGUUUACCUGCUUGCAACUCCGUCGAAUAUGAUGCCGAGGUUUUAAAGACAAAGUUUAAUAUCAAACAACACUUAAUGAAUAGGAGGAACCAACAAUCUGCCGAGUAUUGGAAGAAUUGCUCGUUUUCAAAACUGGAGGUGUAUUUCAAGAGCCCUCGCUUCGUGUCCAUGCGCCGCUCGGAGCUGUUCGGUCUGACCGACUUCAUCGCCAACUGCGGAGGGCUGCUGGGCUUGUUCUUAGGGUUCUCCUUCCUCAGCCUCGCCGAGAUCUUCUAUUACAUGACCCUCAGACUUUGGUGCGUUUUCAAGAGUGAUUUGAACAAGGCGAACCAGUAAAAUAGCUAAAAGAUGUCUACUCUUCGAAUUGGUUUUAGUAGAAGCUAUGGGUUAAAAAGUUUCGAUGAAAUUUGGUAUGGAUAUAGUUUGAGA